AUGGCUUACACCUCUGUCUGCAAAGUGACUGACUCAUUCCAGCCCUAUCUGUGCACUCUGCAGUACCUCUGCUCAGAAGAUGGCGGCGAGGGAGACGGUGAAGGUUGGCUCCCGCCUGUCUGGGCUCUGAUCCUCUGUCUCCCCGUCCCCCUGCGGCCGGCUCAUGGCCUGGCGGAGGCCCGAACCAAAGACCUCCGCACCGCCGUGUACAACGCCGCCCGUGACGGCAAGCUGCAGCUGCUCCAGAAGCUGCUCAGCGGCCGGAGCCGGGAGGAACUGGACGAGCUGACUGGCUAGGUGGCCGGCGGGGGGACGCCGCUGCUCAUCGCCGCCUGCUACGGCCACCUGGACGUGGUGGAGUACCUGGUGGACCCGUGCGGCGCGAGCGUGGAGGCCGGUGGCUCGGUGCACUUCGAUGGCGAGACCAUGGAGGGUGCGCCGCCGCUGUGCGCCGGCCACCUGGACGUGGUGCGGAGCCUGCUGCGCCGCGGGGCCUCGGUGAACCGCACCACGCGCACCAACUCCACGCCCCUCCGCGCCGCCUGCUUCGAGGGCCUCCUGGAGGUGGUGCGCUACCUGGUCGGCGAGCACCAGGCCAACCUGGAGGUGGCCAACCGGCACGGCCACACGUGCCUCAUGAUCUCGUGCUGCAAGGGCCACCGUGAGAUCGCCCGCUACCUGCUGGAGCAAGGCGCCCAGGUGAACUGGCGCAGCGCCAAGGGCAACACGGCCCUGCACAACUGUGCCGAGACCAGCAGCCUGGAGAUCCUGCAGCUGCUGCUGGGGUGCAAGGCCAGCAUGGAACGUGAUAGCUACGGCAUGACCCCGUUGCUCCCGGCCAGCGUGACGGGCCACACCAACAUCGUGGAGUACCUCAUCCAGGAGCAGCCCGGCCAGGAGCAGGUCACAGGGGUAGAGGUUCAGCUUGGGCUGCCCCAAGAAGGCUCCUCCACCAGCCAGGGGUGUGCGCAGCCUCAGGGGGCUCCGUGCUGCAUCUUCUCCCCUGAGGUACUGAACGGGGAAUCUUACCAAAGCUGCUGUCCCACCAGCCGGGAAGCUGCCGUGGAAGCCUUGGAAUUGCUGGGAUCUAAGUAUGUGGAUAAGAAACGAGAUCUGCUUGGGGCCCUUAAACACUGGAGGCGGGCCAUGGAGCUGCGUCACCAGGGGGGUGAGUACCUGCCCAAACUGGAGCCCCCACAGCUGGUCCUGGCCUAUGACUAUUCCAGGGAGGUCAACACCACCGAGGAGCUGGAGGCGCUGAUCACCCACCCCGAUGAGAUGCGUAUGCAGGCCUUGUUGAUCCGGGAGCGCAUCCUCAGUCCCUCGCACCCCGACACUUCCUAUUGUAUCCGUUACAGGGGCACCGUGUACGCCGACUCGGGGAAUAUCGAGUGCUACAUCCGCUUGUGGAAGUACGCCCUGGACAUGCAACAGAGCAACCUGGAGCCUCUGAGCCCCAUGACCGCCAGCAGCUUCCUCUGCUUCGCCGAACUCUUCUCCUACGUGCUGCAGGACCGGGCUGCCAAAGGCAGCCUGGGCACCCAGAUCGGCUUUGCAGACCUCAUGGGGGUCUUCACCAAAGGGGUCUGGGAAGUGGAAGGGGCCCUGCAGCUCCUCAGGGAGCCUACAGACUCGGCCCAGUUCAACAAGGCGCUGGCCAUCAUCCUCCACCUGCUCUACCUGCUGGAGAAAGUGGAGUGCACCCACAGCCAGGAGCACCUGAAGCACCAGACCAUUUACCGCCUGCUCAAGUGCGCACCCAGGGGCAAGAACGGCUUCACGCCUCUGCACAUGGCUGUGGACAAGGACACCACAAACGUGGGCCGCUACCCCGUGGGCAGAUUCCCCUCGUUGCACGUGGUCAAAGUGCUGUUCGACUGCGGGGCCGACCGGGACAGCAGGGAUUUUGACAACAACCCGCUACACAUAGCAGCCCAGAACAACUGCCCGGCCAUCGUGAAUGCCCUGAUUGAAGCAGGGUCCCACAUGGACGCCACCAACGCCUUCAAGAAGACGGCCUACGAGCUGCUGGAAGAGGAGCUGCUGGAAGAGAAGCUGCUGGCCGGGGGUACCAUGCAGCCCUUCAACUAUGUGACCCUGCAGUGCCUUGCAGCCCAGGCCCUGGAUAAGAACAAGAUCCCUUACAAGGGCUUCAUCCCGGAAGAUCAGGAGGCAUUCAUGGAACUGCACUGACCUGCCCAGAACAUCUGCA